AUGGCCUUCGAGAUGGAGGAGAGGUACGAUCCCACGAUCUUACUAUCCAUCGCCCCCGCGAAUCUGAAAUCUAACCGCUACCCCCCUUCACACCCCCUGUCCCGCAGGUGGGAGUUCUGCGCUCCCCACUACUACGAUUUCGAGGUGGGCGACGCCGCGGAUGUGCAGCCAGAUGCCUGGUUUGACAGCGCGCAGACCGCGGGCCUCAAGACCCCGGUCGCGCUCCUGGACAAGGCGCAGACCAACGCCGCGGCGAAGCAGGCUGCGGCGGAGGUCACCGCGGAGCAGGCCAAGGAGAACCCUCCGUCGGCGGUCAAAUCCGCGGCCAAGGCGGCGCGAACGCCGGGCGCAACCUCCUCGACCCGUGUGCUCACCCCUCGCUCCCAUAACGGCGCGAUGCCGGGAUCCUCGAGCCGCGUGGCGAAGACCCCAGCGACGGGCAGGUCAGCCAUGGGAGCCGCGAGCCGCGCGGGGGGCACGCCCUUCCCGACCGAGCCGCCAUCCGUCGACGACGGCGCGACGGACGAGGACAGCGCGGAGUACGCCACCGCGGGGGAGACGCCGGGGACUGCGUUCAAGUCCGUCGCGAAGUCCAAGACGCCCGUGAACGCCGCGGCGACGCCCGUGAACGCGACGACGACGAGCGAGUCCCGACGGAUUCGCGCCGCAAACGGAGCCGGCCCGCAUCCGGAGUCGCAUCCGGGGUCGUCCGCGAAGGAGUCCGCGAAGGAGUCGACCGCGUCGAAGGGUUCGUCCCAACGCGCGCGACGAUCGGCGAAGACGUCGACGGCGAAGAAGGCGACGCCGGAACCGACCGCGAUGGACGUCGACUCGCCCGUCGCGGCGGGCGCGGAGCCCGAGCCCGAGCCCGAGGCGGCUCCCCGGUCGACGGCGAUCGCGCUCAUCUCGCCGGUUUCGUCGCCGAGGACGUCGCCCAGGCUCGCCGCCGCCGCUUCCGCGCGCGAGCGCAUCGAGGAGGCCGCGGUCGCGAUGGACGACGACGCGUCGCGGGCGCGUGCGGCGGCGGCGUCGCCGUCGCCGACGAGGCAAUCCCCGCGGUUGACGGCGGCGCGAGCGGCGGCGCGUUCGACGCCGUUCGUCGCGGCCAAGACGCCGGGUCGCGGUCCAGUCGCGGGAGCCGCGGCGAGCAAGACGCCCAGCAGAUUCGCGCCGACCCCCGCGCCGGUCGACCCCGAGCCCGCUUCCAAGGAGCCCGAGCCGGCUUCCAAGGAGCCCGAGCCCGUCUCCAAGCCGAGGCGUCGCAAGGGCCUCACCGGCGGCGGCGCCGUGCGCGUGCUCGUGUCCGAGCAGCGUGUCCAGGUCGAGGCCGUCGAGGCCGAGGCCGUGACGCUUCACCGGGAGGAGGCGACCGGCGAGAGGAGGGCGAUGUCGCCCGCGAGGCCCCGCCGGGUCGGCGCCUCCGUCGACCCCGUCGCGGAGAAGCCGCCCGCCGGCACCCGCCAGCAGCCGCCCGCCGCCCGCGCGGUUCCCCACGUUCCCCCCGCGGUGGCGACGAGGACGACCCGCGCGAUGGCCGCGCGCGCCGCCGCGAUCGCGGGCGCUAAGCGCGAGCGCGAGCCCCCCGCGCCGCCUCGGACCCACGCCACUCGAUCCUCCGCGGGUCAGAGAAUGCGCGCCAAGCUCACCGUCCCGAUCUCGCCCAACCUCUCGCGGCCGCCCAAGCGUGCGCGCGCCGCGCAGAAGACGUCGGAAGAGCUCGCGUUGGAGAAGUCGCGCGCGGCGGCGGCGGAGGAGAAGGAGCGCAUGCGCGUCGCCGCGAGGCGCGCGGCGGCGAGGAGCGGGGGGCUCGGCGGCGUCGCGCGUGCGAAGCCGUCCACGAGGCCGACGACGCCCUCGUUCGCCAGGACGCAUCGCAUGGCCACGCGCGCGGUCGUCGCGCACGGCGCCCGCGACGAGAACUCCCCGUUCAGGUCCGUCGCGCAGACGUUCAGGAAGGAGACGUUCAAACCGAAGGAGGAGAGCAAGAGCUUCCACAACAGGGCGCCGACAAAGCCGAAGUCGCCGGCGCUGAGCAAGUCAAACGCGGCUGGCCGAGCGCGGGCGAAGACGACGGAGGAACUCGAGCUCGAGGCGAUAGCGGCCGCUCCCAAGUUCAGGGCGAGGCCCGUGCGUCGCGCGGUGCUCAAGGGCGCGGGCGACGCGGCGGAACGCGCCAAGGCUGCGGCUGAGGUUAGACGCGUCGCGGCGCUCAGGGCGAAGGAAGGGGAGGCGAGGAAGGGCGGAUGGGACAAGCAGCUGGGUCGCAAGCGCGGCGCGGAGGCGGCGGCGGACGAGGAGGAGCGAGCCAAACGCGAGGCGAAGCGAAGGAGGGAGCUGGAGCUGGGCGGCCACGGCGGGUUCAUGCCCCCCACCGCGCCCGAGUCCCCGAGGCUGGUGACGAGCAGGCGCGCGUUGCUCAAGGCGCCGGCGCCCGCGCCCGCGGGUGCGAACGGCGGCGUCGGCGGGGGCGCGUCGCGCGUCGCCCGGGAGCCCGAAGCCAGCGUGGACUGGUCCGCCAGGCCGCUGACCCGCCCCGAGGGGUUCAACCUCACCACGGACAAGCGCGGGGCGUACGCGCGGAAGGUGCUGGAACGUCGCGAGGCUGAGGAGGAGGAGGCUGCGGCUGCGAAGCGGCGGGUGGUGGCCAAGCCGGUUCCCGCCACCACCCGCCGCCGAUCCUCGCAGUGCUUCGUGCCGAACGAGAUCAAGGUGACGCAGUUCCAGCCGUUUAACCUCAAGGGCGAGGCGCUGCACGAGUACGAGCGCAAGCGCGAGGCGCAGCGCCGCGAGGAGGAGGAGGCGGCGGCGAGGGCGAGAGCCGAGUUUAAGGCUCGGCCGCUUCCCUUCUCCACGUUUAACCCGAUGUUCGAGGUUAACCCGUCCGACGCGGCGCCCACCGUGCCGAUGGACCUCAAGCUACCCGGCGACACUCGCGCGGAGAGCAGGGCUCGGUUCGAGGAGGCCAACGCUCGCAGGAUAGCCGAGCAGGAGCGCGCCAGGGCGGAGGAGGAGCGAGAGAGGGUGGCGAGCGACGAGCGGGAGCGCCGGAGGUUGCGACGGAGCACGGUGUUCAAGGCGCGCGCCGUGCCGGACUACGCGGAGCUGGCGACCGUGGGGGUGGCGCCGGUGCCGGAGGCGGAGCUCACGGUGCCGGAGUCGCCGUUCGCCACGAGGCGGUCGCGCAGGGUUUACAGGUACAACUGA